AUGGCAUCAUCGUCGAACGGCGGGAUCGCCGCGAACGGCGGGAUUGCCGUGAAUGGCGGGAUAGCUGCGAACCGAGGGAUUGCUGUGAACGGCGGGAUCGCCGCGAACGGAGGGAUCGCUGCGAAUGGCGGGAUCGCCGGGAUCAACUACUUGGUCCUGGUCUUUGGCGGCCUCUGCAGUGUCCGCACCACCGUCACAUCCUCCCCGCAAGUCGCAAGUAGCUGGGUCCAAGAAGUCCUCCGGUCCUUAGACUCCCUCCCCAGCGGGUCGCUCAAACUCGUCGGCCUCGCCACCGAGUCCCAGCCAAACCUGCUCCCCGGCGACAACCACCCCACCGCCGUCCUCCAGCUCUGCGUCGACGACAACUGCCUCAUCUUCCAGCUCCUGCACUGCAACCCCGUCAUCCCUCCCGCCCUCCGCAGCUUCCUUAACAAUCCUCGGUUCUACUUCGCCAGCUUCGACAUGACCAGGGAUGCCGAUCGGCUGCAGAGGGAGCACGGGCUCUCAGUGACGGAGAAGAAGGACCUGCGGCUGCUGGCGGCACUGAUGCUGCUGCGGAGGGAUCUGGUGCGGGCGGACACGAAGCGGCUGGUGAAGGAGGUGAUAGGGCUUGAGGUGGCGAGGCCAGAGGCGGUGCGGAUGAGCGCGUGGCAGCAGCCAGUGCUGUCGUCGCAGCAGAUCGCCUACGCAUGCACCACCGCCUUAGCGGCAUCCGCGCUCGGGAAUAUACUGUUAGCUGAUUUGAAGUCCUCUGAUCCAUCGCACGAUCUCUCGCAAUGA